AUGUUCUCGACUUUCGAAAAGAAGUCGAAAGAACGAGACAAGGUCAUGAGUUCUCUCGCUAAACAGGUCGAAAACCUAAUGGCAAGAACCAGGGCCGUCUGCCCGCGCGGGACAACCCUAAUCCGCGGAAGAAUACUCAAUUUUGCGACUCCUCUAAACCGGUCGAAUCCGUCCGGGCAGAAUCCCGACGAAACCACCCCUGCGCAAACACGGAAAGAUCCAAGAGAUCUUCCCCCGAUCGUGGAAGACGAGGAAGACGGAGAAGUUGAACGUGUCGAUGUGGAUUCGAGCAGUCAGUCCGAACUUACGGACAAAGACGCAGACAUAAAUACGCGUUGGACAAGAAGUCGUGCGGCUAAAGAUGAUUCCCAGUUCGAUAAUCCUAUGACCAAAGAAGAAGAAGCUAUCUUCUGGGAAGAACAGGAAGAACUGGGCGAGGAGCAGACUCGGAACACUAGCGGCAAACACCGACGAAAUCGGGAACCGACUAGCGAGAAAUCCCAGAUCCGCGAUCUUCGCGAUCAUCUUAGGAAAACGGCUGCAGAAGUCAGAGCGGUGAAAUCUCAGAUUCACCACGCUACUAGCACCGCGCCCGAGAUCGACCAUCUGCUCGGGGAAUCUCGAAAAAUGCCCUUUACUACCCGCAUCAUGGGAACUAGGGUUUCGGAUCCCGGAAAGAUCAAGGUAGCGCCUUACGACGGCACGACUGAUCCAAGGGCACACCUGCAGGCUUUCCAGAUCGCGAUGGGGAGAGCCAAAUUCAGAGAAAGCGAAAGGGAUGCCGGCGAAUGCCACCUCUUCGUCGAAAACCUCCAAGGAGCAGCACUCGAAUGGUUCUCUCGCCUGAAGCGAAAUUCCAUUGGAAGCUUUCGCCAACUCGCCUCAGAAUUUCUCAAGCAGUACUCUAUGUUCAUAGACCGAGAAACCUCCGAUGUCGAUCUCUGGAGCAUGUCCCAGGGAGAGGACGAACCUCUCCGCGACUUCAUAAAACGAUUUAAGUCGUCAUUGCCAGAGUCAGCGGAAUAA